UGUAAGGUUCUGAAGCUCCCAGGAGACCUAAGCGAAAAGAAUGCGUCGGAAAAUGCGUUUCCAAGGCGCUUGCCAAGUACUAAACAAAACGCCUUAAGUCACCAGCUGGUGACUUGGUUCAACCUACAAUCUUUGAAGGGGGUCAAUGUUGCUAUCUCGAUCGUUACAUGUGAAAAAAUUGCGAUGCUGCUUUAUAUGUUUUAACUACAUUUAUAGAUAUUUUCUUUCGGUAAAAUGAGGUAGUAGUAAUUGAUGAAGUUGAGCAAAGAGGCUUCCUUGAGGAGGAUCAAGGAUGCUAUAGGAGGAUCAAGAAAUAUGUCUUGAGGAGGAUCGUUUGGUCAGCUGAGUAGAUAAACAAACGGUGGCCGUCGCUACGAAUACCUCACCGACGUAUAGUUAUCAAGCUGUGUUUUUUUUUGUUUUUUUUUUUUCAUUGACUAAUGACAGCAACAACACCUAUUAAUCAUUGCAUUUAAACUGAACAAAUCAAAGGACAAGUGAGGAUAUGGAGACUCAGAAAUAUGCAGACAGCAUACAGCUCCCUGAUACAGAGCUAGUGUUUAGAAAUAUUAGAAAUGCAAAGCGCUUUGCCAUUGACAUAGUCGAUGUUUUUGUGGUUGUAGACAUCCCAAAGUUGGUGACGCUCAUAACAAAACAAAGACCCCUGAUUCAGUAAUGUUGGUAUACUGGACCAGCGGGAAAUGUAAACACUGAAUCAGCUGAGCAUGUUAGACAGGUGACAUUCAAGAUGAAUGCUCCACGGAAAAAGGAAUCACCACUCACUUGUGAGCAAAAAGUAACUCUAGUGGGCCUCAUUAGAAAAAAAAAAUUAAGCAGUAUUAGAUAAAAGAACUGACCAUGCCAGCACAGAAAACAAAAGAAAUGUGCAGAAAAGUGUCAUUGAUGCCUUCAACACUGCAUAUUCACUUCAAGUUCUCAAGAGCAGCACUCAGCUGAGGCACAUCUGGGAGUACACAAGGAACAAGGUUAAGGCAGAUGACAGCCAAUUUAAAAAGAAAGUGUGCACAGCUUGGGGAGGUCCAUCCCUUUUACCUCCAAAAUAUGAAACUAACAGAGAAGGUCAGGAGCAUGAUUGCCUUUGAGUUAAACUGUAGUGAAAUGCAGUACCACAAUGAGCUGCCACCUUGCCCCACACCACAGACUCCUGUUGCCGUGUCCAUUCUGCUGCAAGAAGAAUGGAUUGUGGAUGAAGAAGAGAAGGAGGAACUCUCCCAACUGACCAUCAGCCUGGUGUCACAAAAUAAGCAAUCUCCACUGGAGCAGUUAAAUGGUAGUCUGACAUCAGGUCACAAUACCAGCAAAAGGAUGAGCAAAAAAAUCAACAGACCAGGUGGAUCUCUAACCAAGAUAGCCUACUACUCUACUGUAUCAUAUAGAAAGGUCUUGUACAAUGCAGAAAAGGAUAGUGCAGCUUCAAAUGAUGGAGGCGACUACCAGUAUGAAAGUUCUGAGAUUGAACGGCUCCAUUUUGUCAAAUUUGAGACUAAAUAUAUUGAACACUGGCUGGACUUCAUUCGCAACCACCUGAUGUGCAGUAAAGAGUCCAUGCUUGGGAAAACUAUUAAGGCUACAGGUGGUGGUGCUUACAAGUUUGCAGAAUUGCUUCAACAAAAACUGGGACUCAUAGUAGAAAAAGAAGAUGAAAUCGGAAGCCUCAUUAAAGGAUGUAACUUCCUGCUGCGUAACAUCCCGGAUGAGCAGUUCUCCUACAGCAGACAUGAAGAUCCUGAGUAUCGCUUCAUCAACACAGAGCCAAACAUAUUCCCCUACCUCCUUGUCAACAUUGGAUCAGGAGUGAGCAUAAUGAAGGUAGAGGCUGAUGACAAGUAUGAAAGAAUUGGAGGUACCAGUAUGGGAGGUGGAACCUUCUGGGGCCUGGGAUCACUACUUACCAAAGCCAAGGGUUUUGAUGAGCUCCUUCAGCUAGCGAGUGAAGGUGACCACCGCAAUGUUGACCUACUGGUGAAGGAUAUAUAUGGAGGUGAUUAUAGUGCCUUGGGAUUAACUGGAGGAACUAUAGCAUCAAGCUUUGGAAAAGCUAUGCAUCAUGGACAUGGUAAAAGUGAUGGAAGUCCAGGGUUUUCAGAAGCAGACAUUGCAAGAAGCUUACUGUUUACCGUCAGUAAUGAUAUUGGACAGAUUGCCUCCUUGUAUGCUAUGCUUCACGGACUAAGGAAGGUAUAUUUUGGAGGAUACUUUCUCCGCAACCACCCAGUCAGCAUGCACACCAUUAGUUUUGCUAUCAACUACUGGAGCCGUGGAGCUGUUCAAGCACUCUUUUUGCGACAUGAAGGUUAUCUUGGAGCCAUAGGAGCUUUCCUACUGGGAGCUGAAGAAUGUGACACUGAAAAAUAUUCAUGGGGUGAGAACUAUGCUGGCUCAUCAGGCCUACAAUCCCCACUACCCCACCCUCCUGGGUGGCCAGGCGGAACAAUUGACCAACUGGAGAUGGAUCGUUGUGACCAGCAGCUAACAUUCUUUCCCUUCUUGGCCUGCCCUGGAGAGUAUGUGCCGGAUACUGUUGAUCUCACCAAAGAUAAGGAAGCCAGAGACUACUGGUUGUCCUGUUUUGAGGGUUCCCUUGGAAGUUUUGUGGACCGAGCCAUCUCCUCACAGCCCAACAUUCCAGACAGUCAAGAGAGAGCAAAUAAGUUUCGAGAUAAAUAUCUUCAAAGACUACACAACUUAAAAAACCAUCCUUUCGCAUAUGGCAACCUGACUGUGCGGAGUCUACUGGACAUGAGAGAGCAUUGUCUCAAUGAAUUUGAUUUUCCAGAUCCUUACCUGCAGCAAAAGAAGAUGGAAAAUGAAUAUGCUUUGAAACUGUUAAAAAAACAUCUGGCAAUGGUGGAUAAACUGGAAUAUAAUGAACGACAAGAAGUACUGGUGAGGGGAUUUCUGGCUGGCAAUGUGUUUGACUGGGGAGCCAAGGAAGUGGUGAAGCUUAUGGAGCAUGGCUUGAGUUUCACUGAAGCUGGAGAUAAACUUCAAAAGCGUCCAUGGCUUCAUGAUGACCUAGAUGACUGGUUGAAUAGGCAACAGCAGGGUCCCUACAAAUGUGCCAUUAUCUUCCUGGACAAUUCUGGCUGUGAUGUUGUCCUUGGGAUAAUGCCUUUUGCUCGAGAACUGCUCAUACGAGGUACCAGGGUUGUACUGUGUGCCAAUAGUAAGCCAGCACUAAAUGAUGUCACAGCAGAGGAGCUCAUUAUGGUGAUGAAACAAGUUGCUCUUGUGUGUCCCAUCAUGCAUGAACACCUUGAGGCAGGAACCCUAUGUGUGCGAGAAUCUGGUCAAGCUUCACCAUGCUUGGAUCUCAGUCGGCUUCCCCUUUCACUUGUGGAUGAGCUCGUCAAAUGGCAGUGCGAUCUUGUAGUUGUGGAGGGCAUGGGAAGAGCCAUUCACACCAACCUACUGACCUCUUUCACCUGUGACUCUCUUAAGCUAGCAGUUAUCAAAAACAGGUGGCUAGCUCAAAGGCUUGGAGGUGAAAUGUUUUCUGUAAUGUGCAAGUAUGAAGCAGGAAGUGUCAAGACCAGUGUUGUCUCUACAGCAACAAUUGAUAAUGUACCUGUGCCUCAGUUAUGAAACAUAUGAAUAUAGUGUGUGUGUGUGUGUGUGUGUGUGUGUGUGUGUGUGUGUGUAUAUAUAUAUAUAUAUAUAUAUAUAUAUAUAUAUAUAUAUAUAUAUAUAUAUAUAUAUAUAUAUAUAUAUAUAUAUAUAUAUAUAUAUAUAUAUAUAUUACUGUAUUACCUUGGAUUGCAAGUAUAAUCCUUUUCUGGAAAGGACUCAUAGUCCAAUUUACCCAUAAACUAAAUCAAUUUUCCCCAUGAGAACUACUGGAAAGACUUCAAAUUUUUUUUUAUCAACCAAGAAAUAUAAGUCAUUUUAAAAAUUGUUAUUAUUUAAACAAAUUACUGUCCCGAGCUAAGAAAUAACAAACAGUGAUCAUGCACGCAUCUCAUUCAUGCUUCUUCAUAAUCCUCUUUGUCUUAAUUGUAAUCAUCUUCUUAGCUCCUUCCUUUCAAGGCUUCUUCAUAAUACAGGCCAUAGUUUUACCAAAGUAAAGUCAAAACACUGCAAAAACAGUCACAAAAUAAUGUAGGAAAACACAGUACAAGUGCAGAGAUACUGACAUUGCUAGAGAGGCACACAAAAUAGAAUGGUCAACAGAGCUCUUGGUUCUGUAGAGUGAAGGAGACCAUUAAACCAUGUUUGUGGUGAGACACAUCCUUACAUCCCUCAGCAUUUCAUUGUUUCAUCAGUGCACUCAGUCUUUACGCUGCCAAUAGUUACACGGCUUUUGUUUUCUAUUCUUUUCACCAUUCUAUUGAAACUCUUACAUUCAUAUUAUGUAAUCAUGGCCUGUAUUUUUCCCCCGGCAUCACCUCAGUAGACAACUUUGUUUAAAACAAACACAACUGUUUUGUUAGCCAAAGCAAGGAAAGGUCAUGAAAGAUAACUUUCCCUUAUGUCAGUAUGUCAAACACUGAAUUUGUUGUUCUGUUUUCAAAAACAUAUGAGACAAACCUAAGUUGCCAUGUAGUUAUUUUCUCCCGGCAGAUUUUUUUCAGACCAAGGAACAAGUUGUCAGUUUGUGCAAUGUGACGCUCAUGUCAGCAAGAGUUCUAAUCGCGAAUGUCACUGACUAUAUAUAUAUAUAUAUAUAUAUAUAUAUAUAUAUAUAUAUAUAUAUAUAUAUAUAUAUAUAUAUAUAUAUAUAUAUAUAUAUAUAUAUAUAUAUAUAUAUAUACUCACACACAUUCACAGUCAUCCCUCACUAUCCACGAGGGUUAGGUAACAGACACACCAUGGGUAAGGAAAAAUCUGUAUAAAAUUAAUGCCCCCACUAAAGAACACCCCUGAGCCCCAUAAACCUUGUUUAAGUAAAGAAAACUGCAUGUACUGUAUUAUGCAGCAUGUAAUGCAUUCCUGCGUAUAAUGUGCACUAUAAAUUUUAAGACAACAAUUUGAGAAAAAAUAUAUUGCUUGAAAUGCUUAGUAAAUAUUUAGAAAACAUCACUAGAAGAAGUGACUUUUCAAUUAUAUUUACUGAUGCAGUUUUAUAUUCUCUGUUCACUAGUAACAAUCAGAUCUUGGUGAUUUUUUUUUUUUUUUUCUUAUAUGGGGUAAGGUUGGAUGCAAGUGAUGACCAGCUUCUUGUUGGGGAACAGUGUCCCUGGGUAAGACUGAGGGCUGGAAGAAGUUCAUAUGGCCACUGUAAACAACACAAGGAACACAUUGAGCUUCAUAUUAUGCUAGAAUUGGUUUACUUGACGGUACCUGUUUUUUUUCUUCCUGGUAAUUAACCUCAUUCCUGCAACAAGAAACCAACACAUAGGUGCUGUGAAUUCUUGGUAAAUGGCACCAUCUUGGUGUCUGCUGCUGACGAAUCUGAUGACAUUUUGUCAGAAUUUGACCAAUGAGAACCAGCUUUAAUCCCUUAAGGACCAGCAGUGGUGGUGAUUUUUGUCCUGCUAGAACCAGCCCUCCAGCUCAAACAACCAGCCUGUAUUCACACACAUCCUAAUCUUAGCCUGUAAUGGAAGGGAAAAUGAAAUAGACUUUGUUCUCAGCAUCAUGUCUUCCUCUUUCUAUCAAUAUCAUCCAGAUGUCUCAACAUGCAGUGGUUAUGGAUAGAAGGCGAGAUGAAGAGAAGAGACUUUUGAAGAGAAUGAGUCACUUGCCUGUCAUGCGUUCAUUUUCCCUGACUGCAUAUGGUUAGUGCUUAAUGAAAACAGGUGCCCUGACCUCUCUUCAUACUUGCUAAGUGGUUUUAUCAAGUUCUCACUAUGUUGCACUCUCACUAAGACAUGAAGCAAAUGGUUGAGUGUGUGUGAGCAGGUAAUACAUUUGGCCAAUUGAGAUCCAAGGAUAGGAGGGAGCAAGCAAGGAAUCAGAUUCAUCAGAAUCACUAUUACUGCAUUUAACCAUGAUGAGAACAGGGUAGUGAUAGAGUUUAGCCUAACUAGCUCAAAGUAUUAUCAAACUGAAGAGAGGAUUGUAGGAUCCGGACCUGAUAAUUUUUUUUCCUUUGUAAUUUUCUGCAUUUUUUCUCACUUCUUUUGAUACAUGCAAUGUUUUGAUAAAAAAAAUCUUUUCCCUUAUAAAAAAUGAGGUCUUCCACACAAAAUUUCAGUUUCACGUGCUGUGAGACAUGUAUGAGUUUUUUUUUCCCUUUUUUUUCCCAUAUUUUUCUGACAUACCCGUUUUUCUUUAGUCUCCUAUGAAAAUCUAUGGUUCUCUCUCUCUCUGCAUACAACAAAAAGAACAGGAAAUUUUUAGAUCUAACUAUAUUUCUUGGAAUUAUCAAUGAAAAAAUAAAAAUAUAUAAUUAUUUUUUUUCGGAAAUCCAGCAAAUAAUCAAUAUAUCUGCAUCGUAUAUCUUUUGCACUAAUAUUUUAUUUAUUUUAAACGGUGAAACACUGUUUUUUCAAUUAGAAAUAUGGCAAAACAACAAAAUUCUUUCCCCCCCUAUGGUAAUUAAACGUGGUCAUGAAUUGCUUUAGGAUUGUGUACAAAACCAAUAACUAAAUUAAACUAUGUCUGCUUUUUCAUUAUAUUCUGAUGUAUAUAUAUCAUGUGAAUUUCAAGUCCCUAGCUGCAAUAGGUAAAUUAUAGUUUCCCCUUUGAAUUUAUCAUUUGAUAUCUCAAAAUGGCAGAUUUUUGGCAUAUAAAAAUUAUCUCUGUUGUUAUUCCUGUUACACAUAUAUGGGCUACUGCAGCUUUUGAAACUAUGAGAGGCAAACAAAAUCUGUUAUCAAAAUUUUUCUUUGGAAUUUAUUUUGAUUUUUGACAAAUAUUUGAAUAAAUUUUUUUUUCAUUUUUUCAUCGAACAAAAAAAUAGUAUUGUACAAGAAAAAACAACAGUAGACAUUGUUCUCCUGUUCUUCCUGAUUAAAAUGCUUUUUGAAUUAAAUAAAUUGAUCAGGAGAUAAGGGAGGAGAUACAAGUUGAACAUAGCCAAUUUAACACAGAAUUCACAAUUCUACAACCCCCUGAAAUAAAAAGAUUGACAAAAAGUAGCGAAGUUUACUGUAAAAGUCACAAAGUAGUUAUAACUGCCUCCGGUCCUCGCCUGGUAAUGCAGCUAUAGCCAUCUCUGGUCCUUUUAGGGGUUAGACAAGAGUGAUGAUGUAGGUACUUUUUUUUUUUUUUUUAUUUAUUUUUUUUUUUUUGCGUAGCUUAUACUGCUUCAUUUGGCAACAGUGUACAGUAACUGCAUCAUACAAAACAAUGGAAAUAGCAGCCAGGCUAGGUUGGCAGAGAAGCUCUAUAAUUUUUUUUUCAUUUUUUAUAGUGAUUAUCUGUUCACUUUAUAUUCUAUGGCAACAUUAUAAGCAUAACUAUGGACAGCAAAGAAUCAUAAAGGCAAGUUUACAGUCAUUAUUGGACAGGACAAAAAAUAAACCAAUAAAUGAAUUAAUUUUGUACUUUCAGUGUAUACCAUGCAGGGGUAACUCUUUGGACAUUUCUUUUGUGAAAAAUUGUUUGUUACACAUCACAAAAUAUGAUACAUGGUUACAAACAUUUUAUUUAUCAAUUAACUAUAAAAAAAAGAUAAAGAAAAAUGGAUCAAUACUGUUAAGUUGUCUCUUAUGGCUUCCUCCAUUAUUUGAACUUAUGGUUAGCAGCAAUCCAUGUAAAAGUGAAACCGUAGAUAACAGGGGAUAUAUAUAUAUUAUAUAUAUAUAUAUAUAUAUAUAUAUAUAUAUAUAUAUAUAUAUAUAUAUAUAUAUAUAUAUAUAUAUAUAUAUAUAUAUAUAUACAGUGGACCUUGGUUCUAGAACACACUCUAUUCCUGAAUGCCAUUCGAAAUCCAAAAUGUUCAAAAACCAAAACUCUUUUCCCCAUAGAAAUCAAUGCAGAAUGGAUUAAUCCAUUCCUAGACACCUGUCUACCCUGUCUUAGUGGCUUAUGACAGACACUCCCACAGCCAAGAUGGCUGCUUCACAACAUCUUUAGCUCACAAAUUAUUCAUCAAGAAAGGAUGUAUUGAAUGAACUUAAUGACACAGAACUCAUUAGAGGAUACUGUUUAAACCAUGCAGGUAUUCUCUUUGGCACCGAUCUAGUGAAAGAAGCCUUACAAAAGGACACAGAAAGGAACAACCCACUUACUGCCAAAAUGAAGAUGAUCAUUAACACUUAGACAUCUUGCUACUGGGAACAGCUUCUGGGAAAAAAUGCAGUAGUGAUGACGUUGUGGGUCAUCAAGAGAGCCGCAGGUGACUCGGGAUAGCUCCUGAGUGCCGAAAACUGUUUGUUUACAUUGAGGCUUUUCAACGGGAUCAGAUUUAACGUAUUUCAAACAUUGAAUUACUGUCUUACAUAUAUACACAUAAAAACGGUGUAAAUAUUUAUAGAAACGAUAAAUUAGUAAUAAAUGACAGCUUUUGCUAAGUCUUUAAUAACCGAAAUGAAGUAACUUUGUUCUAGAACUGAAUUAUGAUACCACAAUUGAAACAAUAAUGAGUUCAAAAUUUUGUUCAAAAACUUAUUUGUCCAAGGUUCCACUAUAUAUACACAUGCACACAAACACACAUAUACCUUCCCUUGAAGGAAGGUGUAUCAAGAUUGAAAGUUGAAGGAAAAAUCAAUGAGGAUGCACAGGACAUGGCAGAGGUUAUGAACAAUAGUUUUAGAAUGGUAUUUACUGUGGAACGGGAGUCUGAUGCUGGAAGGGAUAAGUUGGUGAGGAAUAUACAGUCCCAAUCAGUUAUGAGGAAAUACUUAAGAUGAUGGAAGAACUUGAUGUAAAUAAAGCAACUGGUCCAGAUGGAAUAUCAAACUGGAUAUUGAAGGAAUGUUGAGAACACCUGGCAGAUAAAAUUCAGUCUAGCAAUGACAUCACUAUCACAAGGAAGAGUACUUGAAAAAUUGGAAGAGAGCAAAUACUACAUCAAUAUUCAAAGGAGGAAAUAAGGAAAACCCACUAAAUUAUAAACCAGUGUCCUUGAUUAGUGUUGUAGGAAAACUAUGCAAAAGAACAAUAAAGGAAAGAUGGAUGGGACACUUGGAAAGAGAUAAAGUUUUGGUAAAUUGUCAAUUUGGAUUUAGGAGGGGAAGAUCAUGCUCCAUGAACCAUCCAUUCAUCCAUCCAUGAACCUCCAUCGUCUCUUUAUUCAAGGGUAAUUGGUAUUGUGCAGGAGAGAGAUGGAUGGGUGGAAGGUGUCUACUUUGACUUGAAGAAAGUGUUUGACAAAGUAUCACACCAAAGAUUGCUAUGGAAGAUAAAAAAAAAAUAAAAUAUGGAAAAAUUGGUGGAAGACUAUUGGAGUGGAUUGAGGAUUAUCUGGAUGACAGAGAGAUGAAAACAGUAAUACCUCUUGGCUGAAAGUAGCUAGUGGUGUCCCACAGAGGUCAGUGUUGGGACCAAUAAUUCACUGUACAACAAAUUUCAGGGUUAAGAAGAAAACAGUUCUCAUGUGCAUUUUAUUAUGAAGUUCAGUGUGCUGAAUUCAAAUUUGAUAACAAAAAUUUCAUGCCACGUCACAAUUUUUUGUAAAUCGCUGUUUUAAUAAUUAUGCAAUUAAUAGAGAUUUCCAAGAUUCCAUAAAUGUAUUUUGCUCCCAAAGUCAGAUUAAAUGUCUUCAUUGUAUUUAUUUAAUUAAUAUAUAAUGUUUGUUAGCUUUAUAUAAUGUAUUAACCUACAAUCUAGUAUUUACUUCUUUUAUAAGACGUCUCAGGCGUGUCACGCUUCAGGUUCCAACAGAAGUCAGCCAGCAUAGCAGGGCUCCAUUUUCCCUUGUACCUGUUUUCCAUUGACGCUAUAUCUUGAUGGAACCUCUCUCCAUGUUCAUCACUCACAUCUGCUGCGUUCUCUGGGAAGAAGGACAGAUGAGAAUGAAGAAAGUGUAUCUUCAGUGACAUAUUGCAUCCGAGAUCUUGGUAGCAUUUGAUUAGCCUCUCCACUUUACGCUCUCGCUGGGACUCUUGGUGCUUUCCCAGAAGCCCUUUGCAUACAUCUUUGAAUGCAUGCCAGGCCACUAGCUCAGGUUCAUCCAUUGUCGCCUCAAAGUCCUCAUCAUUUAUAAGCUUGCGAAUCUGAGGGCCUACAAAUAUACCCUCUUUAAUCUUGGCAUCACUAAUUUUAGGGAAGAUCCCUUUGAGAUACUGGAAACAUGGCUUGUUAUGUUGCAGUGCUUUGGUAAAUUGCUUCAUUAGGCCUAGUUUUAUAUGCAGUGGUGGCAAAAUGAUUUUCUCCUUCUUAACUAGUGGCUCAUGAAUUACAUUAUGGCAUCCAAGCAUCAUAGAUUCCCGAGAUGGCCAUUCUGAGCGUAUAUAAUGUUCUGAUCUGGCCCUACUGUCCCACUUGCAAAGAAAGCACAUAAAUUUGGUGUAUCAAGUUUGUAGCCCAUUAAGUAUGGCUACUACUUUCAAGUCUGCACAAAUUAACCACUCAUGCUCUUUGUAACUUAUGCGGUCUAGAAUAAAAGCAAGGUUCUCAUAUGUCUCUCUUAAAAUGACUGAGUAAGCAACUGGAACUGAAGGCAUGGUGUUCCCAAUGUGCAACAGAACUGCUUUUAUGCUGUAAAGGGAUCCAUCUAUGAAUAGCCUCCACUCAUUGGGUAAAAGCAACAAAAAAUACCGUUCAGAUAGACAUUGUGGGCACUGCUAUUUACGAAGAACUGGAGAGUCACAGAAAGAAACGGAUGUUAUAUUCGUAAUCUACGCAUAAAAUAACUCUAGAAAAGGAUAGUCUCAUUUCCGUUUUUUUUUUUCAUUGUUAUACAGUGUAAUGUUUGUAAUUUAUGUUAAUGACAUAAAUGAAGAAAUAGUUAUAUGAACUUAUUUGCAGAUGAUGCUAAGCUGAUAAGGGUAGUAAAUGUAAAUGACUGUAUGGCACUGCAAGAUGAUUUAAAUAAGAUAAAUAGAUGGAGUAAAUCUUGGCAAAUUAAAUUAAAUUUAAGUAAAUGUAAAGUAAUGGAGUUUGGUAAGAGUAAGAAAAGAAUAUAAUAUCACUAUGAGAUGGAUGGUGUGAAGUUACAGAAAUCAAAAAAGGAAAUGGAUGUGGGAGUAACAGUUACUGAAAAUUUGACUCCAGACAGAAACAUUGAUAAAAUUACUAGAGAGAUUAUGAAUUUGUUAAAAAAAAAAAAAUAAGAAUGGGAUUUUCACAUUUAGAUGAAGGAAUGAUGAAAAGUUGUUGAUUUCCAUGAUAAGACCAAGAUUGAAAUAUUUGGUAGUGGUGUGGUCUCCUCAUAUAAAGAGGAAUAUUAUAAAAUUAGAAAGAGCAUAAAGAGCACUCACUAAGAUGGUUCUGGAGUUGAGUAGGUCGACCUAUGAAGAGAGAGAUUGAGAAUGUUGGAAAUUCCUACCCCUGAAAAUAGGAGAGAGAGAGGGGAUUUAAUAAACAUCUAUAGAAUGAUAAACGGUGUAGAAAAUGUGGACAAAGAAGGUUUUAUAAAUUUAGACACACAGGGUACAAGGGGACACACUAAGAAGUUGAAGAAAAUUAACUGUAGAAGAGACAUAAAAAAAUAUAGUUUUCCUCACAGAAGUAUGAACAAAUUCAGUGAAUUUAGUGAAGAGAAUGAUAGUGACUGGUGAUUGACACAAAUGGCUUUGAAUCUAAUCUUCCCGUUGAUGGAUGCUGAAUACUUUUCUUCCAUUUAUUUUGUAUCCUAUACAGUUGCAUUAGGGAUUCACCAAAAUUUGUAUAUCAGCACAUUUAAUUUUGUUUUUUUGGCCCUUAACAAUCUCUCCUUAUUUUUUUUAUUCCUGUGGGGGAAUUCGGAAACAUAAGUUUUCUCUUCUUCUAUUGCAACAGGAGAGAGAUGUUACCUAGAUUAACAACCUAUGCCCAAGUAGAACAUCCAUUUCCAUAAAUUUUAAUGAGCUUUCUUUGUCUGUACAAUGACAAAAACACCAGAAUGAUUAUACUUCCAUAAAUAUAAAACUUUUUUAUACAUAUAUUAGUCUUUAAUACUACUUUAGUAGAAAUACUGUAAUACAAUAUAUAUAUAUAUAUAUAUAUAUAUAUAUAUAUAUAUAUAUAUAUAUAUAUAUAUAUAUAUAUAUAUAUAUAUAUAUAUAUAUAUAUAUAUAUAUAUAUAUUGUUCAUGUCCCAAAUGACAAGAAGGAUCAGACUCUCUCAUAUGAAUGAGGGCAGUCAAGAACAGUCAAGGAAAGUUUUCAUAUACCACUGGAUAAACUAAUUAUUUGUGAGUUUAGUGUAUAUUUUUGAUCAAGUAGCAAUAUGACACAAUUCUAAAUAUUGCAACAUGUAUCUGGAUUCCAUGUUAUAACCUUGCUACAGAUUGUAAAUUAAAUGAAAGUCUGAACUUCUGUUGGCAUCAUGGCAGUCAAGAGUGUAUGAAACAAUCAACAGUCAGUCUUUUGCUACCUAACUGAUUGGUCAUGACUUCUUAGGCUCCAUCCCCAACAGAAAAUGUAAAACUACACAUUAAGCCUAAGAUUUUGCUAAUACUUCUACUAAGUGUUGGCAAAAAAAUGUGGCAGGGGGAGCUUAAAAUUGCAAUAUUUCAUACUUUUUUUCAGCAUUACAAAAAAUUAUCUAUCAAUUAAUUCAUUUUAAUUUGUUAAUUUUUUUUUUUAGUUUACAAAUAUAUUUUUGCCUGCUUGUGUAUAUGUUAAGUUUAUUAAUCAAGUAGCUUAUUAAUAUUAGUAUAUAAGUAUGUAUGCCUUUGAUCCAGUGAUUUAUAUGCAUUGGUAAAUUAAAACUAUAAGUAAUAAUA